GCCCGGCUGCCUCUCGUCCCCCGCUGCGAGGGUCCUCUCCCCCCGCUCUGGGCCCAGCCGGCAUGCCUGGGUCGAAGGAGAAGAAACGGGCCAAGAAGAUGCGGAACCAGCCGGCCAGCGUCACGCUUUCCGCAGAGCCGGGGCCGUUCUUCGGCGGUGGGAGCAGAGCCUGCCCGACGCCAGGAGAUGUUCGUGCCGAGCAGCACAAGUUUCCCAGUCAGUCAUCUGGGCCUUUGUACAGAAAAGAUCAGUAUUUUCCAAGAGGGCAAAACAGAGGAGAGAGAGGCAGAGGAAGAGGAGGAUGGCAUGGAGGAAGCCAAAGUGCUGCUGAGGAGAUGCCAAAGUACAUAACAGUGUCUGCCUUUGCUCAAGCUCGAGCUGCUGAGAUCAAAGCCAUGCUGAAGGCAGUGACCCAGAAGUCUUCCAACUCUCUGGUUUUCCAGACCCUCCCCAGGCACAUGCGGAGGCGAGCCAUGAGCCACAACAUCAGGCGCCUGCCCAGGCGGCUGCGGGAGAUGGCCAGGAAGGAGGCAGAGAAGGCUGUGCACCAGAAGAAGGAGCAGUCCAGGAGCAAGUGCCGCAGGGCCCGGCGGCGCCACGUCCAGCUGGUGGCAGAGUUCAAUCGGAGGCAGAGGAAGAACAUUUGGCUGGAAACACACAUCUGGCAUGCCAAGAGGUUCCAUAUGGUGAAGAAAUGGGGGUACUGCCUGGGAAACAGCCCCACGGAGAAGUGCUACAGGGCUUGCUACAGAGCCAUGACGAAGCACUGCCUCCUCCAGGACUUAUCCUAUUACUGCUGUCUGGAGCUGACUGGUAAAGAGAAUGAGCUUCUGAAGCAGCUGAGUCGCAUCUGCAGCGCGGACACAGGGUUAACAUUUGAAGAGCCUUGCUGUCUGUCUGGAAGAUUUGAGGGUUCCCUGGAUCUCUACCGAGCAGAUUGCUACCCUGAGGCUAUGCUUGGUCCUGUUACAUUCAUUUGGAAGCCCAGGGAUGGGUCUGCCAACAGGCAGCUCUGGAUCUGGCUGCAUCCAGCUCUCAAACAGGACAUACUGCAAGAGUUGAAAGCAAUUUUCCAGUGCUCAGAGCCUGAAGAAAUCUGUGUUCCUGACCCUGUUACACCAUCAGACCAAGAAGAAAAACAAAAGGUGGUUGUUCAGAAACUUGGCAAGAGGAGAAAGGAGGAUAAAGAAGGAGAGAAAGCUGUGCCAGUGAAGAAGAUAAUUGGUGAUGGCACCAGAGACCCACUCCAGGCCUGCUCCUGGGUCUCACCAGCUACCGGCGUUCUGAUCAGUGACAGAAGCAUGGAGAUCCUCCGGUACCGACUGAUCGGGCCCUGGGCACACUGCGUCCUGACAGGCACCCUGAAAGCUGCUGCUCUGCAAACGGAGAUGGCAAAUUCAGAGACAGAACUGAAUAAGUGGUGGGUAGAAAACUGCAAGGACUCUGACAAAGUAUCUCUUCAUCAACGUCAAAGUGCUAUCUUUGAGCUUUUGGAAGGGCUCAGUUCACCGUCACAAGUGCCACCAGGCACGGUCCUGGGCCUCACUGUUGGAGAUCCUCGAGUCAAUUUGCCAAAAAAGAAGACAAAAGCCUUUCCAGACUCUGAGAAGUGCCAAGAUGUUGCUAAAGUUAGGCAGCUGUACCUGGAGGGAGUGCCUGUGGACUGUGCCCACAGCUUUAUCUGGGACCAGGACAUCUGUAAGAGUGUCACAGACACCAAAAUCUCCGAGCAGGAUUUAAACCACAUGAGAGCUGAAUUACUGGUACCUGGCUCACACCUUGAUUUGGGCCCUUCUGAAUCCAAGAUUCCCAUCCUGCUGGUGCAGCAGCCAGGGAAGAUGGCUGGAGAGGAUCGCCUGGGCUGGGGCAGUGGCUGGGAUCUCUGUCUUCCAAAGGGCUGGGGCAUGGCUUUCUGGAUUCCUUUUGUCUAUCGAGGCGUCCGAGUGGGUGGCUUGCAAGAGGCUCUGAAGCAUUCUGAGUACCAGAGAACUCCUCACACUCCAAAUGACUUCCCAGACUGCAGGGCAGGGAUGCAGUUUGCCAAAGAGCUGGAAGCUGAUCUGCUGGAGAAGUUCAAACGACGUCCACCUGCAAAAAGGGCAAAUUACGUCAAGCUGGGCACCCUGACCCCUUUCAUCUGCCCUUGGGGGCAGCUGACCAAGAACUGGGAAGGAAGAAUGAAAGCUUCAGGAGAAGUUGUACAUCCUUCUUCCCUACACGCUGAGCACCAGGAAAGGCACAGCUUUGGUGAGCCUAAAGCAGAAGUGGUCACAGAAGCUCCCUCUGAGAGUGGUGAGUUAGAGGAGACCAUGGAAGUAAGCUUGGAAGAUACCCUAAAGGGAAAGGAUGAUACAGGAACCCAGGACGUUGUGCCAGCAAGUGACUUCAUUGUCCUGAGGAGUGAGAAGCUGCUGCAGCAGCUGGCAGCCUGGUGCUACCCCACUGUGGGCAAGGACCGGCGCCCCCGCCUUGUUUCCCGCUUGGGGCAGAAGCAGAUGACUGAAGAGGUCUUUUUGCCCAUCCUGAGGAGCUACCCGAGGGCCCUGGUCUGGGUCAAGUUGUCUCUCUUGAGAAAGGGCAAUCCUGAGUUGCAUGCCAUGAUUUGCAUCCCGACAGAAGAUGACCUGCUGCAGCUGGGCAGGGACAGGCUCUACUGCGGUCCUCAGGAGCCCAGACAUCAGGACACCUUCAAGCACAGGAUACAGAAGCUGAGAGAGGAGAAGAAGACGACCACAAAGGCUCCAGAAGAUGAACCUGCAAGCAGCAUUCCAGAUAACACAACUGACAAGCAGGAAGACCUCAUUCUUGGUCUGUGGUCAGAUGCUCUCCCAGACGUCACUUCCCACUGCUCCAGAGCUCUGCUGGGCUAUGUGACUCGAGGGGAUUUCUCGCUGGCUGCUGGCUGUGGACAGGCUCUAGGCUUUGUGAGCCUGACAGGCCUGCUCUGGAUGCUGCACAGGCAGCCAGCAGCCAGCAAAGGGCUGGUUUUGGUAAGAACUCCAGCAUCUCUGCAGUACCGGUUUGCCAGGCUUACUAUUGAGGUGUAAGGAUCACUGCAAGGCAGCAGGGUGCCCAAAAGGUAACCACAGGAUGCCUGGUUUGUCCUCUGUGGCCUUUCUGAUAUGCCUCAAAGUGGAGGUGGCUGUGAGCCCCAGCAAUGCCUUGAGAGUGAUAAAACACUGGCAAAGCUCUGUGGUGUAGUUAAUGAAGAUGAUUAAUGCUCAACCAGAGCAAA